AUGCCCCGUAACGCACCUCGCACGACAGCUGCUACAGAUUCGGCGUCCAUAGGAUCCACGACAUCAGCUUCAUCUACACGAACGGGGAUUCUCGGCCCAUUCACAACGACGUUCACCCCACCCAGCCACUGCACUGAGGUUUUCGUAGAUGGAUGCGACGGAGGCUGCGACUUCUACGGCGCUAUGGGCCAAACAUGUUUUAGUAAGGAACCUGGAUAUGUUUACUUCGCUCAGGACACAAACUGUUUUCCUUCGGUAACAGCGACUACUUCUUAUCAAAUCUCGUUUACUAGCAUCUCAUCAAUCUCAACGGUUGUCACCCCGGUUUUGUCGGGAUUCUACUCCCCUGGUAUCGCAUGUCCUGUUGGAUAUGUAACGGCUUGUGCAGUACGCGUCGGAAAUAAUGGACUCAGUUCUUCAUUGUCCACUUUCAACAGUUUCUCGUUUGACUAUGCGCCCUUGGUCAAUGAGACAGCAGUGGGAUGUUGUCCGAUAGGAUAUCAAUGCGAACUCGAUAGCGACGACCCACAAGCUUGUACACAAGUGACUGCCCAAACAACACUGGAUGUGUUCGUCUGCGCUACUGGCACAGACGGUGUUACAACGUCAAGCACGCAGUUGGUUUUACCUACAGUAGCCACUGAAACGGACUUCGAAGAGGUUGGGACAGUCAUUACAUCGGCCUCAAUCUCGAUACAGACCACAACCGCUAGUUUCAUUACCUUGUACGCCAGUAUGGUCCAGAUCAACUAUCAAUCCACCGAUCUUCCCUCGUCACCAUCGCCAUCGCCAUCAUCAUCAUCAUCAUCGAACUUAUCAUCAACUUUACCACCAACUUCAACAGGCAACACGUCGAUUAUUUCUCCUUCCGGAAAAAGCAGCGGCAGCCACGAAACAACAACAAUUGCUGUCGCAGUGGUCAUCCCAUGCAUGGCUGCCCUAAUCGCAGCAGCGGUGGGAUGGUUUUGGUAUCGACGGAAGACUAGAAAACGCGAUGCUUCCUAUCAAGCCGCACAAUCAGCUCAGCUUCCGGAAAUGGAUGGUCAGGGUAAAAGCCAUGUGCCGGCUGAAGAUCUGGGGGAGCAAUCACGGUAUGAAAUCCCAGGAUCAACACCUCAGUAUGAGAUGGCUGGUAUAGACUCGAACGAGGUGGUACAUGAGAUGUAUGCUGGCGAUGAGAUGCCGAGGUAUCGCGACGACGAAUGA